AUGACUACGAAAGAACGCCAGGCGACUCCUACCGAGAUACCUGGAGCAUUGAGCGAAGAUAGGGAAUAUCCUGAAGGAGGCCUACAAGCAUGGCUGGUCGUUUUAGGGUCGUGGUGUGCAAUGAUCCCGUCCAUGGGUCUUUUGAACAGUCUGGGGAUUCUUCAUGCCUGGACUGCUGGCCAUCAACUGAAGGAUUACUCUGAGUCCAGCAUUGGUUGGAUUUACGGCGCGUAUGGUUUCUUUGUUUAUAUUGGAUCAGCUCAAGUUGGCCCGAUUUUCGAUGCAUACGGACCAAACUAUGUUAUUAUUCCCGGGUCGAUUGGCAUCGUUGUUGCGAUGAUUUGCCUCAGCUUCAGCAAGGAAUACUACCAGAUCUUCCUCUCGUUUAGUGUACUAGGUGGUCUCUCUGCAUGUUUGCUGUUUACACCCGCCGUAGCUGCUGUCGGCCACUGGUUCAACAUCCGUCGAGGACUCGCAACUGGCAUUGCCUGUACUGCAGGUGGCCUUGGAGGCGUCAUAUUCCCGGUAAUCAUCCUCUUUGCAGCGCCUAAGAUCGGUUUUCCCUGGGCCAUCCGGAUUAUUGCGCUAGUCAGCGCCGUAUUAGGUCUAGCAGCCUGUUUCCUGAUCAAAACUCGACUUCCCUUGAACAAAAAGGCCGGUGGUGCAGUCGACUUGAAAGCCCUCAAAGACGUACAUUAUGCGUCUACUACCGUGGCCGUGUUCCUGGUGGAGUUUGCCGUCUUCAUUCCCAUCACUUACAUCGCGUCGUAUGCCGUCUACAUCGGCAUGAACAACACACUCGCUUAUGCUCUAAUCGCAUUCCUAAACCUAGGCGCUAUCCCCGGCCGUUUCCUCCCGGGCUUACUAGCAGACAAAUUGGGCCGAUUCAACGUCAUGAUCUGCACAGCAUUAGUAUGCUCCAUCCUAACACUAGCACUCUGGUUCAAAGCAGGCGACAACACAGCAGCGAUUAUCUGCUACGCAGUGCUCUUCGGCUUCUGGAGCGGCGCAGCGAUCAGUCUGACGCCGGUGUGUAUUUCUCAGGUAUGCAAGACAGAGGAUCUGGGCAAACGGAAUGGAACGACGUUUGCGAUCUCGAGUGUCGGGACUCUCACUGGGAUUCCGAUCGCGGGUGCGAUUCAGGAACGGGAUCAUGGGGGUUAUCAGGGAUUGAUUAUCUUUGGGGGUGUUAUGUAUUUGGCAGCGAUGGUGGCGUUUAUUGUUGCGAGGGGGCUUUGUCGGAAUUGGGCAUUGCGGGUGAAGUUUUAA